AUGACAGUACACGCUAUAAACGAGUUAUGGAAUUUACGUUGUUUAACUUUGGAUACACUGGAAAUGACUGAAAGUCACUCGGCAGAGAAUAUUUAUAAUCAUUUAUGCAAUGCUUUAUCAGAAUGGAAUAUUGCUGAAAAAACAAUUGCUGUGGUGCAUGAUAAUGCCCCAAAUAUGGUCGCUGCAAUGCGGGAAAGCUCCACUGCUGAUAUUAAAAUUGGUCAAAGUGUUUAUUGCUUUUGUCACUCGUUGCAGAUUGUUGUUGAAAAGGCUUUCAACGAAAAAAAUUUUAAAAAACAUCUUCAAAAAGUUUCCGCAGUUGUUGGGCACUUUAAACAUUCAUAUAAAGCAACAAACGCUCUCAAAGAUGCUCAGAAAUCAUAUAAUUUGCCUAAAUAUUGUUUAAUUAGUUAUUGCGUAACGCGUUGGAAUUCAGCUUACGACAUGAUUGAACAGCUACUAAUAGAACAACGCCAAGCUGUUGGAAGUAUAUUGCUGGAUCCAAAUUUUACAAAUACAGCAAUGUCUAAAAAAUUGCUUUCAAGCAAUUUAAAAUGGAAUUAUUUAAAAGCUCUAGUCAGAAUAUUAAAACCAUUUGAGGUAGCAACAACAGUCAUGUCCAGUCAAUCUGAAUCAACUAUUGAAAUGGUACGGUCAGCUAUUCAUUCGAUGAUAGAUAAAUUUUUAAAACAUGAUAAGAAUGAUUCUCCAAAAAUUCGAUUAUUUAAAGAAGUAUUUCAAGAAGAAUUAGAAGCUCGAUUUUUGAACGAAGACUGCGAUCCCGUGAGUGCAUUGACCUGUUUUUUGGAUCCUAGAUAUCAGGAUAUGUCUUAUGAAACUCUAGAGUAUCGAGAGUCUGUCCAGAAAAAAAAUUUUAAAGAUUAUGCUCAAUGA